CUUUCGAGAAUUUUCUGCUCGUUACUAGAUGGCGCUGUCUGGCGAGUAUAAAUACGCGGCUUUGUCGCUCGCCGGCAGUGAAUUUGUAAACAGACAAUUCGAAGCGCUAAAGCGACGAAACAAGCGAACUUGCAACCCUCAUCGACUUCUCAAGUAUUAUUCAACGAAAGUGAGAAUGUCACUGUGUCCAUUCUACUUUGGUUACGACCAUCCUCGCUCCCGUUACUGGCCCAGCCGAUUGCUCGACCAGGAUUUCGGGCUGGCUAUCACGCCGGACGAUCUACUAACGGCUGUAGUAUCGCCUUCACUAUCAAAUGACUACUUCAGACCUUGGAGACAGCUCGCGGCAGCUGCUCGCGACAUCGGCUCCAGCAUCAAGGCGGAUAAAGACAAGUUGCAGAUAAAUUUGGACGUGCAGCAUUUCGCACCGGAGGAAAUAUCUGUGAAGACGGCGGACGGGUACAUCGUAGUGGAGGGCAAGCACGAAGAGAAGCAGGACGAGCACGGGUACAUCUCGCGGCAGUUCACGCGGCGGUACGCGCUGCCGAAGGGCGUGGCUGCGGAGCGCGUGGAGUCUCGCCUCUCCACUGACGGAGUGCUGACCAUCACGGCGCCGCGUGAGGCACAAAUUGCACAAGCGAACGAACGCGCCGUGCCAAUCGCUCGCACUGGACCCGUAAGAAAGGAGAUCAAGGAUGAAUCCGCAACCGAUGAAGUUAAGGCUGACGCCAAAGAUGAGAAGAAAAAGUAAAAGAAGUGUUAUUAAAAGCGGAACGAAGCUGGUCUUUUGCAACCAAAAGGUCAUAAUUUGAAGAUGCAUUUUCUAAAUUAUUUUUUGUAGUUAUCCUACCUGUCUGUGUACUUUGAGACUGAUAACCUUAGCUGUGCCUAUUAUGUUUGUAUAAUAUAAAAUUUAAGCAUGUUUGUAUUAUUGUGAAAAUCUAUUUAGAGCUUUUGUUAGUUUAUAAUAAAUUGUAAUUUUUAAGAAAUAUCAGAUCUUCUUUUAUUUCAUUUCUUAUUUCCCAAAUAAACUUCACUUUAUCAGAACUAUCAAAACAUAUUGAUAUAAUUAAAAAUAGUUAAUUU